AUGGACAAAAGAAUACAUUCUAAAAUCUUUUUUUCUCUCUUUUCCAUCAUAACCAUAAUUCUAUGCAUCAUGCCAUCACAUAUCCAUUCAUCAACCCUUGAAGUGGAUACUCUUGCCCUUAGAGAAAUAAAACGUGCCAUUGAUCCCAACUCAGUCACCCCAUCUUCCUAUCUCAACAGCUGGGACUUCACAGUUGACCCAUGUGAAAGCACAGGCUCACAAUUCCUAGGAAUAUUGUGCAACAUGCCUCUAGAUGAGUCCCCUAGUAGAGUAACAGCACUUGAUCUCAAUGGCAUGGGUUAUGAAGGAUUUUUAACACCAGCUAUUGGGAACCUCACAGAACUAACAGUACUCAAUCUCAACCACAACAAAUUCCGGGGUCCAAUACCAGAAACCAUUGCCAAAUUAAGAAAACUAACAAGACUCACCAUUUCACAGAACUUUUUCACUGGAGCCAUUCCCCAAGAAAUCAGUGAACUCAAAAAGCUUGAAUAUUUAGAUGUUUCAGGAAACAGGCUCUCAGGAUUAAUUCCCACAGAUAUCACUGGAUUGAGAAGCUUAACCUACUUAGGAUUAUCAAACAAUGGAUUUGCAGGUAGAAUUCCAAACCUCACAGGGUUGUGGCAACUUAACACAUUAGACCUUAGUGUUAACCAGUUUUAUGGGGAUCUUCCAAAUCUUCCAUUGAGUUUGAGAAACAUGUAUUUCCAUCAUAACAUACUUUCAGGACACAUAACACCCCUUAAGGGUCUCAUACACCUCAAAUGGUUAGAUGUGAGUGAUAACAGGCUUUCAGGUGCCAUCAACAGGGAUAUCCUCUCCUUAAGAGGGGUUGUUCAUCUCAAUGUUUCUUUCAACCGCUUCACAACAUUGGAUGUCAUCAAUUAUUCUGUUCAAGGGCCAAGGCUUCAAGUGCUUGACGCUCAAGGGAACCAUUUGAGAGGUCAUUUGCCAGUGAAUUUGGUGACUUUCACCAACUUGACUUCAAUCAAUUUAUCGAACAACCAAUUCUCUGGUGUCAUUCCUAAGGAAUAUGGAACAAAAGUUCAAACUUCAUGGAAAAGAUUGUACUUAGAUCACAACUUUCUCACAGGAAAUCUUCCAUCAGAGUUUACUCAUGCAACAAACCUUAGAGGUAGCCUUGCUAACAAUUGCCUCAAGUGCCCCUCAAAUGUUCUUCUUUGCCACGGAGGACAAAGAGCAGCUACAGAAUGUGUCGGGCAACACAACCAGUGA